CCAACCAUAUUCUGAUGCUGCUCUACAAUGGCAAGAUAGAUUUUAUCCUGAGUCUGGUAGACUCCCUGGAUCAAGACAACAUGGAAAUUACAAUAUGCCUCCCUUGCUUGACUUGGAUGAGCCAGAAUGGUCAGCAGUGCCAUCUACUAAGAAUGAUAACAAAGGUAACCAUAAUAACUCCACUGUGCCUAACACUCCUGCUGAAUGCAAGACACCUGGCCCUGGCUUCGUCCCUCCACCUGUUCCCCUGGAUAGAGGCCCCAGAGGUCCUCCCUUUGCAUGGGAUCCAAGAAGGCCACCUCCAUACCCACCACCACCUCCAGGAAAUAUCUAUGGAGGUCCUCCACAUUAUUUGCCUCCAGUGGCCUUUGCUGGCCCACCCUACCCACCAUACCCAGGCCAACCAUAUUGUGAUUCUUUUCUCCAAAGUCAAGAGAGAUUUUACUCUGAGUCUGGUAGACACCCUCACCCAAGACACCAAGAUGAGUCAGAAUCGUCAGUAGUGACAUCCACUAAGAAUGAUAACAAAAGUGACCAUAGUAACUCCACUGUGCCCAACACUCCUCCUGCUGGAUGCAAGACACCUGGCCCUGGCUUCAUCCCUCCUCCUGUUCCCCUGGAUAGAGGCCCCAGAGGUCCUCCCUUUGCAUGGGAUCCAAGAAGACCACAUCGAUACCCACCACCUCCUCCAGGAAACAUCUAUGGAGUACCUCCACACUACUUUCCACCAAUGGACUUUGCUGGACCACCCUUUCCACCAUACCCAGGCCAACCAUAUUGUGAUUCUUUUCUCCAAAGUCAAGAGAGAUUUUAUUCUGAGUCUGGUAGACACCCUCGACCAAGACACCACGGAAAUUAUUAUAUGCCUUCAUCGUCUGAUAUGGAUAAGCCAGAAUCUUCAGCAGUGCCAUCCACUGUGAAUGAUAUGAAAAAUGACCAUAGUAACUCCACUGUGCCUAACACUCCUGCUGCUGAAUGCAAGACACCUGGCCCUGGCUUCAUCCCUCCUCCUGUUCCCCAGGAUAGAGGCCCCAGAGGUCCUCCCUGCGCAUGGGAUCCAAGAAGACCACCCCGAUACCCACCACCUCCUCCAGCAAACAACUAUGGAGGUCCUGAACAUUAUUUUCCACCAAUGGACUUUGAUGGCCCACCCUUCCUGCCAUACCCAGGGAGAAAUAUGUGUGAAUCCAGAGGUUUUCCACCCUUCCUUCCUCUAAGAGCUGGGUUCUUCCCCCACCCCCACAUCCAGAGAGGAGAAAUGAGAGACCCCAGACUUGAUUCAGCCUUCCAAACAACCUGCAACUGAACCUCCAGACUACACUGUAACCUAAGGAAAUAAAGGAGACCUGAUAGA